UCAGUCAGACCUCACCACUCCCACUGGACCCGCGGCUGAGGACUCUGCUCUGCCGGAUCGCAGCCCACCGACACACCGCUGCGGUGGAGGCCCCACACAUCCUGUCGGACGCACGCCUCGGCCCUUGCGCAAUGUGCGUUCGCACCGCACCGGCCGGAGCGCCGGCAGGAGGGGCUAAGCGUGGUCCGGCCCUCAGAGCCCUCAGGAGUCCUCAGUGGGAGCGGGGACGGACGGCCCGUCGGAAGAACCGGGAGAUCCUCCCGGUGACCUGAGGCCACCUGUCCGCCCCCCAGUGGUGUCGUCAGGGUCGGGGCUUCAGCCCAGGACCCCCUGAGCCCCCAAAGGCUCCUUUUUUUAAUGGGAAAAAAAGUUUGCCAGGGCCACACUGUUGGGCCAGAGAAGCUCUGGGUGCAAUGUAUAUGGAGCAACGCUACGCCUGGACAUCGUCCUUCCUUCCAAACCCCACCAUCCAACCAGUCCAACCAGUCCAGUUUCAGCACCAGCAUCCCACAGUGGCUCCCCACCUGGCUCCUCCUCCUCCUCUUCCUCCUUUUGACCUAUUCUUUCCCCUAGCUCUAGCUCUUCAUCUAACUCUUUUUCUUCCUCUCCCUCCUUUUCCCCUAAGCUUUCUCCUGGCUCCUCACAGAGCUGUCACCCUAACUCCCCCCACCCCAGGGUCAGAAGAGUGAGCCUGGGGCAUCGUGCCUCCCCCAAACAACCGAAGCGCCCAAGGAGCCUGAGGAAGUGUGCCCCCCCAAAACACUAGAUGUGCCCAGUGAGCCUUUGGCGAAGAAAAGGUCCAGCCAUCUCUAAAUAACCUGCAGCGAGUGGCAGACAGUUAAAGAGCAGCUGGUGAACAUCGUGGAGCAUUUAGCAGCGGAAAGCCAGAUAUUUCCCUCAGACAAGAAAAACUGUGCAGAGAGCCAAUAUUGGAUUUAAAUUCAUCAGGGAUCAGUGGCAGUGAAUGAGCAGCUUGCCGUGUCACUGUUAAUAGCACCAACAAGGAAGAGGGAGGGGAGGAGGGAGGGGAGGCAGGAGGAGAGUCAUUCACUGCUUGAAACUCCGUAUACCUUCACACUAAAGAAAGAAGAGAGAGAAAGAAAAGAACAGAAGAAGAAAAUUUGUCCUUUUCUGAAAGUAAAGAAGCAGAAGUGAGGAGAGUCACAUCUGCCAAGAGAGAGGGAGGAAAAGAGAAAGAGAGAAAAGAGAGAAGGCACUGGAGAUAAGGAAAGCUCUCAGUUAGGAGGAAAGGAUAGAAAUGGAGGUGUCACUCUUUUUCUCCCAGCUCCUUCUGCUGUGGGAUUAACAGGUUUCCCUACACCUCCUGAAGAAAGACUGGACUGUCUCGUUCUCUGUUCUGUUCUCCUGUUCUUCAUCCCUCCAUCCACCAGGCAGGACGUCUGUGGCAAGACCCAAAACCGAAACAAAGGGAGGACAGAGAAAGAGAGAGAGAGAACCUGGGGAACGAGAAGAGUCCAGAUCAAGCAAAAGGGUUUUACAGGUGACUGCUGAUGUCCAGUCACAAGGACACAAACCAGAACCAUGGUCAUUCUACAGCAGGGCGACUAUGUCUGGUUGGAUUUGAAGACGGGUCGGGAGUUUGAGGUACCGAUCGGUGCAGUGGUCAAACUCUGUGACUCAGGACAGAUCCAGGUGGUGGAUGAUGAGGGAAAUGAGCACUGGAUCUCCCCCCAGAAUGCCACCAACAUCAAGCCAAUGCAUCCCACCUCUAUCCACGGUGUGGAAGACAUGAUCCGCCUGGGAGACCUCAAUGAAGCUGGAAUUCUUCGUAACCUGCUCAUUAGAUACAGAGAAAAACUCAUAUAUACAUACACUGGCUCCAUCCUCGUGGCUGUCAACCCUUAUCAGCUGCUGCCCAUCUACACGGCCGACCAGAUCCGCCUCUACACCAACAAGAAGAUUGGUGAAAUGCCACCCCACAUAUUUGCCAUUGCUGACAACUGUUACUUCAACAUGCAGAGGAACAACCGCGACCAGUGCUGUAUCAUCAGUGGUGAGUCUGGAGCAGGGAAGACAGAAAGCACCAAACUGAUCCUUCAGUUCCUGGCUGCUAUCAGUGGUCAACACUCCUGGAUAGAACAGCAGGUCCUGGAGGCCAACCCUAUACUAGAAGCCUUCGGCAACGCUAAAACAAUCCGCAAUGACAACUCGUCUCGUUUUGGGAAAUACAUCGACAUCCAUUUCAACAAGAGAGGAGCCAUAGAGGGAGCCAAGAUAGAGCAAUACCUGCUGGAGAAAUCCAGAGUCUGUCGACAGGCCUACGAUGAGAGGAACUACCACAUCUUCUACUGCAUGCUGAAGGGGAUGACGGCAGAUGAGAAGAAGAAACUGGGACUUAGCAAAGCCACAGACUACACUUACCUGACCAUGGGUAACUGUACAGUUUGCGAUGGCCGAGACGACCUGAAAGAGUACUCCAACAUCCUCUCUGCAAUGAAGGUACUGAUGUUCACAGACAAAGAGAACUGGGAGAUUUCUAAACUGCUUGCUGCUAUUUUACACAUGGGAAACCUCAGAUAUGAAGCUCGAACCUAUGACAACCUGGAUGCCUGCGAGGUUGUCCACAGCCCUCACCUCACCACUGCUGCUACCCUGCUGGAGGUGGACGGUAAGGACCUGAUGAACUGUCUCACCAGCCGAACUCUGAUCACCCGAGGAGAGACCGUCUCCACCCCACUCAGCAAGGAACAAGCGCUGGAUGUACGAGAUGCUUUCGUUAAGGGUAUUUACGGCCGUUUGUUUGUGUGGAUCGUGGAGAAGAUCAAUGCAGCCAUUUACAAGCCUCCGUCCUCACAGCCCAAAGCUCUCAGACGCUGCAUCGGACUGCUGGACAUCUUCGGCUUUGAGAAUUUCACUGUUAACAGCUUCGAGCAGCUGUGCAUCAACUUUGCCAACGAGAACCUGCAGCAGUUCUUCGUCCGUCACGUCUUCAAGCUGGAGCAGGAGGAGUACAACCUGGAGCACAUCAACUGGCAGCACAUCGAGUUCACUGACAACCAGGACGCUCUGGACAUGAUCGCCAUCAAACCCAUGAACAUCAUCUCACUCAUCGAUGAGGAGAGCAAGUUCCCCAAGGGCACAGACACCACCAUGCUCAACAAGCUGAACUUUCAGCACAAACUCAACACAAACUACAUCCCCCCAAAGAACAACUAUGAGACUCAGUUUGGCAUCCAGCACUUUGCCGGAGUGGUUUACUAUGAAACAAGAGGCUUCCUGGAGAAGAACAGAGACACUUUAUACGGUGACAUUAUCCAGCUGGUUCACUCCUCCAAGAACAAGUUCAUCAAACAAAUCUUCCAAGCUGAUGUUGCUAUGGGAGCAGAGACCAGGAAGCGCUCUCCCACUCUGAGCAGUCAGUUUAAGAGAUCUCUGGAGCUGCUGAUGAGGACUCUGAGCGUCUGUCAGCCUUUCUUUGUUCGCUGCAUCAAACCUAAUGAAUACAAGAAACCCAUGUUAUUUGACAGGGAGCUGUGUGUGCGUCAGCUGAGGUACUCAGGUAUGAUGGAGACCAUUCGUAUUCGCCGCGCAGGAUAUCCCAUCCGCUACACCUUCGUGGAGUUUGUCGACCGCUACAGGGUGCUCAUGCCUGGAGUCAAACCUGCAUACAAACAGGAGGACCUGAGGGGAACCUGUCAGAGGAUUGCUGAGGCGGUGCUCGGCAGAGAUGACGACUGGCAAAUGGGAAAGACCAAAAUCUUCCUCAAGGAUCACCACGACAUGCUGCUGGAGAUCGAGAGAGACAAGGCCAUCACUGACAAGGUCAUCCUCAUCCAGAAGGUGGUGCGAGGUUUCAAGGACAGAUCGAACUUCCUGCGGAUGAGGAAGUCGGCUGUGUUGAUCCAGAAGACAUGGAGAGGGUAUCACUGUAGGAAGAACUAUGGAGCUAUGCGAGCAGGCUUCUCUCGCCUGCAGGCGCUGGUUCGUUCCAGGAAGCUGUGUGCGUCGUAUCACGUGGCCCGUCAGCGGAUCACAGGCUUCCAGGGCCGCUGUCGGGGUUUCUUGGUGCGCAGGGCAUUCAGACAUCGGCUGUGGGCCGUCAUCACCAUCCAGGCCCACACCAGAGGCAUGAUCGCUCGCCGGCUGUACAGGAGGCUGAAGGGAGAGUACCGCAGGAGGCUGGAGGCAGAGAAGAUGCGUCUGGCUGAAGAGGCCAAACUGAGGAACCAGAUGUCUGCGAAGAGAGCGAAGGCCGAGGCUGAACGCAAACACCAGGAGCGUCUGGCUCAGCUGGCCAAAGAGGACGCUGAGCGGGAGAAGAAGGAGAAGGAGGAGGCUCGGAGGAAGAAGGAGAUGGUGGAGCAGAUGGAGAAGGCCCGUCUGGAGCCCGUCAACGACUCCGACAUGGUGGACAAGAUGUUUGGCUUCCUGGGGACAACAAACUCGUUCCCGGGGCAGGAGGGACAAGCCCCCGCCGGCUUUGAGGACCUGGAGCGGACCCAUCAGGAGCUGGAGGAGGAGGAUCUGGACGAGGCUCUUCCUCUUCCUGAGGAUGAUGAAGAGGAGGAUUUAUCAGAGUACAAGUUCGCCAAGUAUGCCGCCACUUACUUCCAGGGCACCACCACGCACACCUAUGUCCGACGACCUCUCAAACAGCCUCUUCUCUUCCACGAUGACGAGGGAGACCAGCUGGCUGCUCUGGCAGUUUGGAUCACAGUGCUGAGGUUCAUGGGAGAUCUGCCGGAGCCCAAGUAUCACACGGCCAUCAGCGACGGAAGCGAGAAGAUCCCUGUCAUGACCAAGAUCUACGAGACGCUGGGGAAGAAGACCUACAAGAGAGAGCUGCAGGCGCUGCAGGGGGAGGGGGAGACGCCUCACUCCGACAGCCACAAGAAGAACAGUGUCCGACACAAACUGGUGUCCCUCACCCUGAAGAAGAAAUCCAAGAUCACUGAGGAGGUCACCAAGCGCCUUAAUGAUGGCGAGCAUGGUCUCCAUGGCAACAGCAUGCUGGAGGACCGGCCGACAUCCAACCUGGAGAAGCUUCACUUCAUCAUCGGCAACGGGAUCCUGAGACCAGCACUGAGGGAUGAGAUCUAUUGUCAGAUCUGUAAGCAGCUGAGUCAGAACCCGUCUAAGAGUUCUCACGCUCGCGGCUGGAUCCUCAUCUCUCUGUGUGUCGGCUGCUUCGCUCCGUCAGACAAGUUCGUCAAGUACCUGAGGAACUUCAUCAGCAGCGGCCCGCCGGGUUACGCUCCGUACUGUGAAGAGAGGCUGAGACGAACAUUUGUUAACGGGACGAGAACACAACCUCCGUCCUGGCUGGAGCUUCAGGCCACCAAGUCUAAGAAGCCCAUCAUGCUGCCGGUGACGUUCAUGGACGGCACGACCAAAACGCUGCUGACAGACUCUGCAACCACAGCCAAGGAGCUGUGCAACGCCCUGUCUGACAAAGUCAACCUGCGAGACCGCUUUGGGUUCUCACUCUACAUCGCCCUGUUUGACAAGGUCUCCUCUUUGGGCAGUGGGAACGACCAUGUUAUGGAUGCCGUGUCACAGUGUGAGCAGUAUGCGAAGGAGCAGGGAGCCCAGGAGAGGAACGCCCCCUGGAGGCUUUUCUUCAGGAAGGAGAUCUUCACGCCGUGGCACUGCCCCGCCGACGACCUGGUCGCCACCAACCUCAUCUACCAACAAACUGUCAGGGGCGUCAAGUUCGGGGAAUACCGCUGCGACAGGGAUGACCUGGCAGAGCUGGCCUCUCAGCAGUAUUACGUUGACUACGGUUCAGAGAUCCUUCUGGAGCGCCUGCUGAGCCUCAUUCCCUCCUACAUCCCCGACAGAGAGAUCAGCACCUCCAGGACAGUGGAGAAAUGGGCUCAUUUCAUCAUGGCUGCCCACAAAAAGGGCAUCUACACCCAGAAAAGGUUCGACCCUCAGAAGGUGAAAGAGGAAGUGGUGGACUUCGCUCGCCACAAGUGGCCUCUGCUCUUCUCUCGUUUCUACGAAGCCUUCAAGUUCUCAGGUCCCAGUCUGCCUAAGAAUGACCUGAUCGUAGCCGUCAAUUGGACCGGAGUUUAUUUUGUAGAUGAGCAGGAGCAGGUCCUCUUAGAGCUUUCCUUCCCAGAAAUCACUGCAGUUUCCAGCAGCAGGGGAGGAAAGCUGCAGGGUCAGAGUUUCACUUUGGCAACCAUCAAAGGAGACGAGUACACCUUCACCUCCAAUAAUGCAGAAGACAUCCGUGACCUGGUGGUGACCUUCCUGGAAGGCCUGAGGAAGAGGUCCAAGUUUGUGGUCGCGCUGCAGGACAACCCUAACCCCACUGGGGAGGAGUCAACAUUCCUGAGCUUCCUGAAGGGAGACCUGAUCCUAUUGGACCAGGACACCGGUGAGCAGGUCCUCAACUCUGGUUGGGCCCACGGCAUCAACGAGCGAACCAAUCAGAGAGGAGAUUUCCCGGCCGACUGUGUCUAUGUCCUGCCCACCGUGGCCCGACCUCAACAAGAAAUAGUGGCGCUGGUAACCAUGACACCGGAUCAGCGCCAGGAGUCGGUUCGUGUUUCGCAGCUCGUCCUGCCAGAGACCGACGGCAAACUGAAACCCUACACACUGGAGGAGUUCUCCUACGACUACUUCAGGCCUCCUCCCAAACACACCCUGAGCAGAGUGAUGGUCACUAAGAAUCGUGGGAAGGACAAGAUGUGGAGCUGCACCAGAGAGCCGCUCAAGCAGCCGCUGCUGAAGAAGGUCGUCAACCACGAGGAGCUGGCUCAGGACGCCUGCAUGUCCUUCAUAGCUAUGAUGAAGUACAUGGGCGACUACCCGUCCAAACGGACGCGCUCAGUCAACGAGCUGACAGACCAGAUCUUUGAAGGAGCGCUGAAGGCCGAACCCCUGAAAGACGAGAUCUACUGUCAGAUCAUCAAACAGCUCACUGACAAUCACGUCAAGUACAGUGAGGAGAAAGGCUGGGAGCUGCUUUGGUUGUGUACUGGUCUGUUUCCACCCAGUAACAUGCUGCUGCCGCACAUCCAGCGCUUCCUCCAGUCCAAGAAACACCACCCGCUCUCUGGAGACUGCAUGCAGAGGCUGCACAAAGCACUACGCAACGGAUCCAGGAAGUAUCCCCCUCAUUUGGUGGAAGUGGAGGCCAUCCAACAUAAGACAACCCAGAUCUUCCACAAAGUCUACUUUCCUGAUGAUACAGAUGAGGCGUUUGAGGUGGAGUCCAGCACCAAAGCAAAGGAUUUCUGCCAGAACAUUUCCACCAGGCUGCUGCUCAAAUCUCCUGAAGGCUUCAGCCUCUUCGUCAAGAUCUCAGACAAGGUGAUCAGUGUGCCAGAGGGAGAUUUCUUCUUUGACUUUGUCAGACAUUUGACGGACUGGAUCAAAAAAUCUCGACCAGCUAAAGACGGUAUCAUUCCCUCUCUGACCUAUCAAGUGUUCUUCAUGAAGAAGUUGUGGACCAACACAGUUCCAGGGAAGGACUCAUUCGCCGACUCCAUCUUCCACUAUUACCAGGAGUUGCCUAAAUACUUGCGUGGCUACCAUAAGUGUUCACGGGAAGAGGUUUUCCAGCUUGCAGCGCUCAUCUACCGCGUCAAGUUUGAGGAUGACAAAUCACACUUUCCUACAAUUCCCAAGAUGCUGCGGGAGCUGGUUCCCCAGGAUCUCAUUCGUCAGAUGUCACCGGAUGACUGGAAAAGGUCUGUGGUUGCAUACUUCAACAAGCAGGCCGGUAAAUCGAGGGAAGAGGCCAAACUGAUGUUCCUAAAGAUCAUCUACAAAUGGCCGACAUUUGGCUCUGCCUUCUUCGAGGUCAAGCAAACCACAGAGCCCAACUACCCAGAGAUCCUGCUGAUCGCCAUCAACAAGCACGGAGUCAGUCUCAUCGACCCAAAGCCCAAGGACAUCCUGACCACACACCCCUUCACCAAGAUCUCCAACUGGAGCAGUGGGAACACCUACUUCCACAUCACCAUCGGCAACCUGGUCAGAGGAAGCAAACUGCUGUGUGAGACCUCGCUGGGCUACAAGAUGGACGACCUGUUGACCUCUUACAUCAGUCAGAUGCUGACCACCAUGAACAAGCAGCGCUCCGGGCGGGGCCACAGCAAGUGAACCUCUUAUUGGCAGGAGGCUACCGAGCUCAUCCGACUCUUGCGCCCUAUUGGCCAGCACUGCAGCUGGGGGCGGACCUUUGCCCACCAGCUGUGGAGGAUGAGCCGCAGUCCUUCUGCUAGCUCAGAAGGGUCAAAGCUCACGGGGGAGAGUUCGGCAGCCAGCAGCGACGACCCCGGCGAAGGCCCCAGCAACUGUUACCACCACAACUACAACUACGAUGAGGAUGAGCCGUCCAGUGAGGAUGACUAUCUCUGACACUCCAAACCCUCCGUCCUACAGGUCCAGCUUCCCGCUGUGGUUCAGGACUCUACAGUCAGACCUCGUGUACAGAAACACAGUGUGGAGUCAGAGCUACUGUCACGUGAACACAAGUUCUCUGAUGCAGAUCAAACUGGGGACACUGUGCUCCAGUAGUUAAACCUCAGUCUGUAGUAAAUGUUGCAGCGACCCCAAGUGGCAGCAGGUGUUCACUGCCUCACUGUUUGAAAACUUUAAGGACCGUGCAGUCUGAGAAUAGUCUGAUGUGUGUUCCAGUCACUCUUUACUGAGGGAGCGCCCAGGCUCUGUUAGCUUUCUCUGGACAGAGGGAGGCUACAUUUCCUUUUGCACCAGUGAUUUUACUGUCGGAGGUUUUGGUCUGUAGGUCCAAUGUAUCAAUCACCUGAGUUACUGUAGAUGACAUACGAUUCUCUGGUCACUCUCUGACUGUGAUUUAUACAACAGGACUGUUUCUGGUCACUGUAGUUAGUGGCAUGACUCUAUGCAAGACAAUGUGGUUCAGUUCACCUAAUAUCACCAUGUUACAGUAACUGCUAUAGUUGGACAUUGUUCUGCAGUUUGAGCAUGUUAACAAG